CUGCUCUUCCGACGUGGUACGCCAUUCCCAACCUUAAACCAUAAGGCCAGAAGGUUCAGUAACACUUAAUCAUACUGAGGAUUCUAUUUAUACAAACCUUUGCUUGUAAGCUCCCUAUACGCGGAAACUUUCGCUAUAUGUGGCAGCACAAAUUAUCGUGGAAUAAUAGAGCAAUUGCUUCUAUGGAAGAUAAAACACGAGACUAAUAUCUGCGAAUAUAAAUAUAAUGGAAGGCAAGCAGGCGUGGAUCGGAAUGGAGGAGGUCAAGUCAGCUGAUUGUCUUUACACCCGUUUUACCACCAAAACUUCUACUCUGCCGCUAUACCCAAUGCCAAUACCUCGUGCAAAUAAGCCAAGUCUCCACAUGUUCACAAGGAAGGAAUUCUUGCGGGGAAAUCGGCGCCACAUCGUGUGUUAAAGGGAAAAAGAGAGCUCUUGGCCUUGAGUGAGGGAGGAAGAACAUAAACAAAGAUCAGGUGGGGAACAGCUGAGACCUUCCUUGACGUUUCCUAAUAUAUGCUUCGAACCCACUCGUGGUCCAUGGGCAUUUAUUGCGAAGAGUGUAAUGAUCCACGAAAAGCUUAGUGAUUCAUGUUUUAUAAAAGGUCAGUUUGAACUCCCUUCUGAACCCCAGUGCUAAGUGAGAAUUGAUGGAAGUCCGGUGUUGGAAGUGACACGAGAUGCCUUAGGGAGCGAGGCAGGAACCUGUUGUGUGGAGGGAAUAGACAUGCUACACGAGGGUUUCUUCUAGGAAGGAGACCCAGUGCUGAAACCUCUCUGGGGUAUAUAGUGGUACCUUUCUCCAUGCUAAUUUAAGUCACAACAUGAGGACAUCAGGGAAAUUAAGUGAACUCUCAGGUUGCUCCAUUAAAUACUUGGAGCGAAGAGCCUAUCACUCGGCAAGGUCUGACUGGGGUCCUCAUGUGGCCUCAGCGGCUUUUCUUUCGAGACGGUUAGACUCAUCGAGAAAUCUCUAUCGGAAAGACUUGUAUGCUCAUUAUGGCUGUGUUAAUGCAAUUGAGUUUUCGAAAGAAGGAGACUUACUUGUCUCAGGUGGUGAUGAUCGGCGUGUGUUAUUAUGGAAUGUGGACAGCGCUCUAUCAGGAGCCCGUCGCCCAAGAGCCAUGGAGAGUGAACACAGUAGUAACAUAUUUUGUCUUAGCUUUGAUUCUUCCAAUUCCAAGAUUUUCUCAGCAGGCAAUGAUGAGCAGGUCAUUGUGCACGAUCUGAGAACAGGGGAAACAACAGAUGUAUUUCUGCACCGAGAGGCUGUGUAUGGAGUAUCUGUGAAUCCUUCCCUAGAUUCUGUGUUUGCCAGUGCUGGGGAAGAUGGCCAAGUUUUGCUGUAUGACAUGAGGGAAUCAGCUGCUACAGAUCCUGUAUGCUUGGCUCGUUACCAUGAUGCCUUCCAUGCUGUACAGUUCCAUCCAGUAGAACCUGUGUUUGUAGUUACUGCAAACUCUCGUGAAGGAGUCUCCCUAUGGGAUGUGCGCAAACCAAGGGUACCUGUUUUGAGAUAUGGAGAAAAAAGAUGUGCCCAGUCAUCAAUGUGUGCCAGAUUCAAUAGAACGGGUAACCAGAUAAUAGCUCUACGUAGAAGGCUACCUCCAGUUCUUUACAAUACUCACAGCUCAAAACCAGUUUGUCAGUUUGAUGCAGAGCAUUAUUACAAUUCGUGCACAAUGAAAAGUUGCUGUUUUGCUGGUGAUAACGACCAGUUUGUUCUCUCGGGAUCAGAUGACUUCAACCUGUACAUGUGGAAGAUCCCUGGGAAUAAUAGUUCAGAACAUUUUGUAUCAGAGGCUCACAUGGUCUUAAAAGGUCAUCGUUCGAUAGUAAACCAAGUACGCUUUAACCCACAGAACUUCAUCAUUGCUUCCUCAGGGGUAGAGAAAAUUGUAAAGCUGUGGAGUGGACUAUCAUUGCCAGGAUCCAAAGGAAGUCUGAAAACGAAGGCAUCAGGAAGCUUCAUGACCAGAAGGGUGUAUACACAUGAGGAGUAUAUUGGGCUGGUUAUGGAGAGUGGUCAGGAUGUUAAUCAUGACUACAGCCAUGGGUGCACAGAUGAGGACCCCCGGAUGAUGGCUUUCUUUGACUCCCUCGUCCAGCGUGAAGUAGAAGGUUGGACUUCAAACACAGAUCUUUCUGAUGACAUUGAUAAUGAACCUCAGACUUCAGGGCAUGAGGAUGAUGACACAGAAACCACAACAACUCAGUCAUCCCUUUCAGUUGUUACCUCACAAUCUGAUGACAAUGAUUCAGAAACAAGUAUGAAUGGAAAUGAUAGUUUCAGUGUUUCACCAAGACAAAGAUUAGAUUCAUCUGUAAGCAGAAGACAAACACAAAAUGAACAGCAUAAAGAUGAAGAUGAUGAUGAUGAUAAUGACAAUGAGGAAGAGGAAGAAGAGGAGGAUAAUAAGGUAUCAGGUGGAAGUGAAUGGAUUAUGCGUCUGAUUGCAAAAAAGAGAGCAAUACUAAGAGCAGCUAAGAAAGCCCAGAGGAAUCGUAAACAUCUUAAAAAACACCGCAAGAAGGCUCAACAGUAUCUCCGAUCCUUCACUUCCAGUAGAAGACAUAUCUCUCUCCCCAGAUAUUUAUAUCAUCCUGAGGGACAAAGUUCAUUAGAAGGAAACAGUGGAAGGAGUGAAUCUGCUGGCCUUCCUAGUGCCAUGGAAGGCAGUGCUGGGAGACUGAGGCGAAGAUCUUCCUAUCGCAGAAGAUACAUGGCUCCAUAUACUAUCAUGGUAACACAAAACACUGUACCAGAUUCUGACCCAGAUUCAGAUGACCAAGAAGAUGGUGAUGAUGAUCAGGUUGGAAGUGAAACUGAUGAGGAGAUUGAAACAAUUGAACAAAAUUUUAGUGAAGGGGACAGUGGCAAACGUCUCAUGUGGUCUUCAGACAGUGAUUCCAGUAGUGAGGAGGACCUACCACGUACAAAACGAAAACGUAAAGACUGCAUUGACAGUGAUAGUGAAGAUGAUGAUGCUCUUGAGACUAAAAAUGGAGAUAUCAUACGGGUAUCAGAAAUUGUGGACUCAAAUUCAAGUGAUUCAGAUGUAGAAAGAUCAAUUAAUGAUAUAGCACUGGAAAAUUCUGACAGAAAUCUUAGCAGUGAAGGCACUAGCAGUAGAGUUACUUGCUUACCUGAUAUAUUAAGUGACACCAGUCUGUCUGAGACAGCCUUAGGUAUUAAUAGCAAUGGUGUCAGUGACAUUGGUACUGACCUGAACAUUAGCAGUGCAGUAAGUGAUGCAAUUCCAAUCAGCAGUAUCACAACAGAUGACAAUGGAUCAUUAUUAUUUGAUACAGACCACAACUCACUUGUCUCUGGUUUAGAUCUCCCUGGAAACCUAGAUUUGGUUGCAUCAGCAGCAUCUAAUAGAAAGGCAGUGCAGAAUGGAACCAGUCAGACAUCCAAUGGCGCUACAUGUGUUAGUACAUCAGAUAAUGGAAUCUCAGUUCUUCCAUCUAGUACUGAAAAGAGUGAAGAUGACUGUGGAAGUAGGAAAAAUCAUGACAACAGAAAUGGUGUCACUGAAACAGAAAAUGGAAAUGGUGAUGGUGAACAAACUUUAACAUUUAAGAAGAGAAUGCCCACAAGUAAUCUUAGAAAUUAUCGAAGACACAAUGAAGAAGACCUUUGAAAUUUAUUCUGGAAAAAAAAAAUGUACAUUUCUUUUUUAUGAUUACCUAAAUGGCCUUUGUCACAGUUUCUGCUAUUUUCCUUUCACCUUUGUUAAUAUUUAAGAAGUAUUAUUUUGCUGCUAUUAUUUGCUUUAUAGAUUUAUAUUGUAGUUGUAGAGUUGAAUAUAUACAGUAUAGGCCAUUGGGCAUUGUGUGAUAUGUAAUCUAUUUUGAAAUAGAUUAAAUGAAUUUGGAAUAUUAGCUGUUUGUUUAGAUACAGUCUAUAUUGUUUGAUCACCAAAGAAGCCAAUUUGACAUGUUUUUAUCUUUUUCAAAAAAAGGGGACGAUAAGAAGGUUUGGCACGAAAAUAUGUUAAAGAAGAUGCUCACAUUGUGGGUAUAUUGGGCUCAAAUUCUCUUACCAGAAGUUGCUUAUUUUAUGUAAAUUAUAAAGUUUCAUUUGCCAUAGUUCUGACAUUUUAUAUAAUUUCUUACAACUAAAGUGAUGUAUUUUGUGAGUCAUCAUGUUAGUUCUUGGUACAAGAUGGUAUUACCAUACAGUUUUUACUGUUAUUUUUGUUCUCCGUUCAGGUUAUUCUGCCAACUGCUGGGGUCAUAUGCUGCAGAAGUAGGCUUUUUCAUUCAGCCAUUUUACAUUGUCAUUGUAUUUAACUAUUCAUCAUCAUUAAACUUCUGGAGCCUAGCAUUUGUAGUGAAUGCCCUGAGUGUGUAUGACCAGGGGCAGUAUUCAUGACAGGUCAAUGACUGUUCUUUGAGAUUUUGUCUGUGAUUUGCUCUGUUACCACAUCUUAAAGUUCAUGCUGCUAAUUAGAACAAACAUUUACAUCAUUAUAGACUAUGAUGAUUGCUACAAUAAAUCUUUCUUUUAUUUUGCCAGUAAUAUUACACAUUCCUUACGUUUAAGGGUAAUUUAGGCAACCAUGCAUAUGUUUUCAUUGUAUCAGUUAUGAAGGCAUACAGAACCAUUUGUAUUCUCGAAUAGAAAAUCGUUGAAAAUAUGUAAGAAAUGGAUCAAUGAAUGGUUGACAAUAAAUCCAAAAUAUACUCUUCAUUAUUGGUGUGUGGCUCUCUUCAUCUGUCUUUGACUCAGUUAAUUUGUUUACGACUCCCCAUGAAAGUCUUUGACAGCCAGUUUUUGUCUACGACUCGGCCAAAGUUUUAAGACAGGUGUGGAAGUGUCACAAACAUGUAUGGACAGUCUUUAUGACCACAGUGCAAAUUUAUGUGAUUCUGAAGUAAAUUAUGCAUUGAAAAUAAUAAGAAAAAGUUGGAAACCCCUUGUGAUAUAUUGUCAAAUGUAAAUUUAGUCAUUUCCUUCAUUUGCAUAUUUUCAAUUCUUGUCCAUAAGGACUGUCUUUAAUUUGUCUUCAUGAAAUUCUUCCCAUGUUUAAGAUUAUUCUGCAUUUAAAAUAAUUAGGAAAUUUUGGAUGGCCCUUUCGAUUUGUUGUCAAUUGUGCCUUGAGCCAUGUCCUACAUUUUUACAUUAUUCUAUUUAAAAGAAAUAGAAAUAUCACAGCCCACCUUUACAAAUGAUGACAAGAGACAUUGAUGUCACAUUACAUUUAGAUAUAAUAAAGGUGUAAUUUUACCAUCAUAAUAUAAAAUUUAUUGCAAUAUUUACCUUAUUAUUGCAAUAUAUUAUCAAGAUAGGGCUAUAAUGAUGUAAAUGUUGGUUCUAAUUAGCAGCAUUAACUCUGACAUGUGGCAUCAGCACAAAUCAUAGAUGAAAUUGCAAAUAACAAUCAUAGCCCUUUCAUGAAUACUCCCCCUGGAAUCUAGUUUGAUAGGUUAUCAAGUUUUCAGUUCUUGAUUGCUAAUAUUUUUGUGCUUAUGGUAUUCUCAAUCGAAGGGUAUUUUUACCUUUAAAUUUUGCAGUAUUUUUUAUGUAACUUGCAAAAUAUGUAAAAAAAAAAAAAAAAAAAAUCUGAUACAAUAUGUUGAUACAGAAAAAAUGCUGUAUUUGUUGUUUUUCUCUGUGGAUAUAUGAAAAACAGAAAGAUGAGGAAAUUGACAGCUGCUCAGUUUUCUUUUCUGUUGUAAUGAAUGUAUUGAAAAUGAAA